AUGAACACAGCGUUAUAUACGUGCUUGUUAACGGCGAACUCGCAGUUAUUAAUCGCCAUCUUAAAAACAAGCACGGGAAAGAUCGAUUAUAAGGGCAUUGCUGAUUACAUGGGCCCUGUGCCAGAAUACAAUGUCAAGUCCAUCCAAAACCAAAUUUGGUUCAUCAAAACCAAGACUCUCGGAGACAAGGCUUCUGGCUCCAACCCAUCUACCCCAUCUAAGGGUGGAAAGAAGGAUGCCAAAACCCCGACGAAGUCUCCUGCGUCUUCAAAGCGUGAGCGGGCCGAAGUUGAUGAUGCCCAGUCUGACUCUGUCCCUGACUCCGCGACCCCAACGAAGAACGGCCGCUCCAAGAAAGCGAAGACGGGGGUCAAGCAGGAAGUUAAGCGGGAAAUCAAGUCUGAGGACGCCUGA